AUGGAGGAAGGGUCGGUAAUUGGAAAUAUAGCUACCGAUAUCGGUCUAGAUACUGUCAGUCUUUCUAAACGGGGGUUAGGGAUUGCUUUGGGAAGUGGGAAAAAUUAUCUGGAAGUUGAUAAAAUUAACGGGUAUUUUUUUAUAAAGAAAAAAAUCGACCGAGAAAAUAUUUGCGCAUUUAAAGAUGAAUGUGUUCUUUCUCUGGAGGCUUUACUUCAAAACCCACUGCAGAUGUUUAGCAUUGAGGUAGAAAUUCUGGACGUGAAUGACAAUGCCCCGAGAUUUCCUUUCAGUGUGAGUUUUAUAAACAUUUCAGAAUCCAAAUUAAAAGAUGAAAGUUUUUUGUUGGAGAAAGCCGUGGACCCUGAUAUGGGUAAUAACUCAGUAUGUAAUUAUAAACUGAGUAAAAAUUUGUUUUUCGAUAUCAACGUGCAGUCUUGGAAAGAUGGCUCCGUGUCCGCAGAUUUAUUAAUUAUGCAGACAUUGGACAGAGAAAAACAAGUGGUGCACAAUUUAAUUCUAAUAGCUUUGGAUUGUGGAAAACCUGCGUUGUCUGGUUCGAUUAAUAUUACGAUUACUAUACUUGAUGAAAACGACAAUGCUCCAAAAUUUGAAAGACAGAUUUACCAAGUAGAAGUUUCAGAAAAUACAUUAAUAGGGACCACUUUUAUUAAACUUAAUGCGACGGAUGCUGAUGAAGGCGCCAACGCUGAGUUAUUAUAUUCAUUUAAUCCCCAUACCUCUGUGGAGGCACAAAUGAAAUUCCGUUUGAAUUCGAAAACUGGUGAGCUCAGUGUUAAUAAAAUGCUGGACUUCGAAGAGUCCCGUCAAUAUGAAUUAUUUGUGCAAGCAAAAGAUAACGGGCCAAAUCCUUUGAGUGGCCGCUGCAAAGUAAUUAUAAAAGUUAUUGACUGUAACGACAACCAUCCAGAAAUUAUUCUUGCCUCAUCGCAGAGUUCAGUAUCUGAAGAUGUACCCAUAGGCACAGUCAUUGCACUCUUUAGUGUCACAGAUCUAGACUCUGGAAACAAUGGCAAGGUAAACUGUUUAAUAUCAGACAAUAAUGAGUUUGAACUUCAGCAAACUAUGGAUAAUGUUUAUGCUUUGGUGACUGCGGAGUCUCUGGAUCGUGAAAGACAAUCUAGUUUUAAUAUCAAUAUCGUCGCGAAGGAUGAAGGAACGCCUCCUCUUUCGAACAAAAAAACUAUUUCUUUAAAUCUUUUGGAUGUAAAUGACAAUGCGCCAUCAUUUUCUCAUUCGUCAUAUGAAAUUCCCAUUCCAGAAAAUAACAUCCCUGGCACAUUGCUGUGUUCCAUUACUGCAAAGGAUCCUGAUGCAAAUCUGAAUGGCGCUCUAAAAUAUUCCAUACAAGAAAAAAACGACACCAAUAACACAUUCACGAAAUAUUUUUCCAUCAAUCGAGACAAUGGAAACAUUUACUCACUGCAGUCUUUCGACUAUGAAAAACAGACAUUUUACACUUUUGAUUUGGUAGCUAAAGACUCUGGUACUCCUCAGCUAAGCAACAGCGUGACUGUCAAAAUAAUUGUUCUUGAUGAAAACGAUAACACACCGGUUAUUGUUUCACCAUGGCGAUCUCAUGGAUCAAUAGUUAGCGAUACGAUUCCUAGUUCGGCUGAAGAAGGAUAUUUAGUGACCAAAGUUAUAGCAAUUGAUGACGACUCAGUUCAAAAUUCACGAAUUACUUACCAAUUGCUUCAAGUUACGGACCACACAUUAUUUACAUUAAACCAGUAUACUGGGGAACUUCGAACCAGAAGACGCUUUGGUCUUCGAGACUCUUCUAAACAAAGACUUGUGAUUCAAGCCAUGGAUAAUGGCAAUCCGUCACUUUCAUCUACAGUUACAAUCCUUAUAUCAAGAUCUGAUCCAGAAGUUGAAGGUCUUCUAUCACUGAAUGAUGAACAACAGACGGAUUAUUUAUCUUGGUUGAACUUGUAUUUGAUGAUCGGCCUUGCGUCUGUUUCGUUUUUCUUUCUUUUAACUGUGGUGAUCUGUGCUACAGUUAAAUGUCGGCAAAAAACAUCUGAAGAAAGUGAAAAAUCGACACAUCGUAUUAGCUGCUACAGCCAAAGGGAUUCAAUGAUUUCUGACCUGCCGGCACACUCGACUUUGUAUUCGAGUGACGCUUACUGGCACAGCGUGCUUUUAGCGGAAUCAAGAAAAGGCAAAAUGCUGGUGAGGCAGUCAAUGCCCAAUGGAGCUGGCUUCAUUGUGUCAAGUUUGGAUAGGAAUUCGGAGCAGGGAACAAUAAGCGAAUUAGCCGAAACACCGAUUCAGGUAAGGCUGUAA